AUGGCGACAGCCAAUCGGCGUUUGCGGCGCGAGAUUUGUACAAAUUUGCAGCCCAGUUAUAGUGUUCAUAGGCACUUGUUUUGUCGUGGCAAACUACAGGCUAAAGUUAAAACAUAUAGUAAUCGCAAAGCUAGUCGAAUACUUCAAGUUUACGAAGAUAUUGUUGGUGUUUCCGAAGUACGUGUGGCACAAGAAAACGUCAUACAGGCUGAAGAAGAAUUUGUGGAGGUGCAGGAAAACAGGCGAUCAAAGCAACAUUCGUUAAAUGAGAAGCAGACACGAUUACGGGAUGUCAUUAAGGAACGCGAAAAAGCAGUAAAUGAAGAACAACAAUGUUUAAAACUACUCAGACAAGAAAGCAACUUACUUGGGCAGAUUCGGUGUCUUGAACAGCAGAUAGCACAGACUGAGCAAUCAGAAAAGGACAAGUUUGCCAUGCUAUCCGUAGCAGUGCGUGUUAGUCAUGACAAAGAGAGAGAAAAAGCUAAACGGACUCGGUACUGGUCUAUUAUUGGCUCUGCCAUUGGUGCUACUGUUGGUAUUAUUGGUACAUCUGCAAAUGACUACAGGAGAAUGCAAGAACUCCGUGCAAUGAUAAAAGAUUCAGCUGAUCAGGGAAAUGCGUUGCGAGAAAUGGAAUCAAGCCAUUCACACAAAACAAAAGCACAGAUUACUAGAAUUGAAGAGCAGUUAGGUGAACUCCAUUCUAAAACGCACAGCUCGGCAACUGUCACAGAAAAACAUACCAAGGAAAUCUUAGAUAUUGUGAAACAUCAUGGAAGUAUUCUAGAAGCUGACACAAAGGAGACUUCUGCAAAAUCCAUAGUGACUGCCACUGCUGUUUGUGUUGGAGUAUCAUUUAUUUUGGCAGCUGUGCUUGCCAUCUUUAAAAAAACAUGAGUUCUUUUAUGAUAUGGCAAACUUGAGACAAUACUGUUUAAGUACUACGUGGUUUAUCAUUGUUGGUUAAUUGUAUGCAAUUGAUAUAUCGGUAAUUAUAUUGUUUCUUCAAUUUAUUCAAUUAUGUUUAUGAACUUGACAGUUUGCAUUGAAUGCACUCUGGCAGUAACAUCUUUUUUUUUUUAUUUUUUUUUUUUUUAUACUUUCCUAUAUUUGUAUAUUUGCUUACAGUUAUGUCAUAUCUUAUCAGCUAUUAAAUCAUCCACGCAGACUAAACCUUGUUUUGAAGGUUUUGAGCAACUUGCAUAUUUUAAUAGUUUCUUCACUCUGCUCAAAUGAAAAAAAGAACAAACAUACCCACAAUUUAGACAUAUAUA